UUAUUUAUUUAUUUUAUUUUUUUUAAAAAAAAUAAAAUUAAAAGUGAACCCGCCAUUUUUUUGAAAAGAGAAUUUGGUUUCUUGGGAAACAAAAAUGGCUGAAUUUCCAUCUCCUCGUGAACGAGUUGUAGCUUCAGCUCUCCUCCUCCUCUCUACUAUGCCUCCCCAACCUUCUUCCUCUUCAAAUUCUUCAAUGUACGUAUUCGAGUUCAACGAUGAAGAAUCGAAUCAAUCGAGCGAUGUGCGUAAUAGCAAGAUCAAGAACUGGCGCGGGAGCUUAUUUUCGAGUGAUUCUAAAUCCUGUGAUUCCUCUAUCUCUACUGAUCGGUCGACUGAGGAGAUUUCAACACGUUCGGCGAUGAUCGUUCCUGUUGCAUCUGGUCGGAAUGAGUUGAGGUUUACGGCCUUACGCAAGAAUCGAUCGAAAAUCCACAAGAGCUCAAAUAGAUGGAAAUUCAGCUCAGGCGAGAGCUCGAAGAUGACUACGUCAUUUGGAUCUGGAUCCAGAGAUGUUUCCUGCCAGUCCAGUAGCACAAUUUCUAUUUGUAGCGCCGAUUCGAGCACGAACAGCCGCUACACGACCGUCGGCAAGGGAAGGCUAUCAUCUAUGGUUCGUGCGGAGCCGAGAAGAUUGCAUCUCGGCUCGGCUCACAUUCGUCGUCGAGCCGAAGGAAUUCUGAAUUUGCUUUCCUAUGGUUCUUACUCCGAAGUAAGCAUACGCCAAGUUCUCGGCGACAGUCCAGACACCAGCAAAGCCCUUCGAAUGCUGUUAAAGCUUGAGGAGGUUAAAAGAUCAGGCAUAGGAGGGCGUCAGGACCCUUACAUUUACAAGAUUGCAUCACAUUGUAGGAAAUAGUGAUGAUCUGAUCAUUUACGUACAGCUGAGGUUUUAAUUCUUCAUUACCCAUUAAUUGGGGAAAUUUUGUUCCUACGGAUUGCUAUAUGUGGAAAAAAUAUAUAUAUAGCUGAAUAUGCCAAAUAAGAUUAAUUUCUGUAAGACUAUAGUCUAUAGUGAUGAUUAGAGUUAAGCUUGUAUAGUAAGGCCCUAUUUUUCUUUUAAAA